GGGCUGGGCGGGACACGUGAGGCUGCUGCUUUGCAAACUUUGCAGACUUCAGCCAGGACCGAGAGCGGGUGGGUUGCUCCUUUCAUCGCCGUUCCAAACGUUGCAAAGCAAAGUGCCGCUUUUGCGGUUGAUGCACUCUCGCCAGCAGCCAUUCAGCCGGCGGCUCCGUUCUUCCACCUAAUCCUGUCUCGUGUGUCUCUUUGCGGGUGGCGGCAGCUUCGGAUCCGUGUCAAGGCAGGUCGUGGGGAUGUCGGCCGCAGACGAGAACGGCUUGCUGCACCGCCCUUUCAAGCUGAUCGCCCUGCUCUGUGCCUUCAUCGCGCUCGCCCUGGAUGUGGCCGCUCUCCUGAGCCCCGCCUGGGUCACGUCGGAACGCUACUCCCGCUCCCUCUGGGAGGCUUGUAGGCAAGCCCCGGAUGCCUGGGAGUGCGACUCCACCCUCCAGACUGACUGGCAAGUCGCUACUCUGGUGUUGAUCCUAACUGCAGCCACCGUCACUCUCUUGUCAUUCCUCCUCUCUCUGAUUUCCUUCUGCCUGGGUACCUACAAGCGCUAUUACCGGGUUGUCGCCAUCCUCCUUUUUGCCGCUGUGGUUCUUCAAGUCUGUGCCUUAAUCCUCUACCCAAUCAAAUUCAUCGAUAGUAGCAUGCUGAAGAUCUACCAUGAGUUCAACUGGGGCUACGGCUUAGGCUGGGGCUCCGCCAUCUUCAUGUUGGGCGCUGCCAUCCUUUACUGCUUGCGCACGGAUGUGUACGAAGAUGCCUACUACUGAGGUGGGCAAAUGGAGUUGGACUGGAUUAUCAGAUGGCUGGGACCAGAUUGGUACGUGGGAGAGAGAGAGAUGAAGUGGCGAAAGGAGUGGUGUGGAUUGGCACAUUUGGUCCUUCCAGAUGUGCACUUCAUCUUGGCAGGAUGCUGGCUGAUUCCUUGGAAAAGGAAGAUCCGAAGAUCUCAGGUUGGAUCCUCUUUGAAGACUUAGAGGAACAAAAACUAUAAAUGAGCUGUACUUCUGAGCAGAAUAACUACCUUAAGAUUUUUCUUAUAUAUUUUUUCCAUGCAGGAAAGGUUGUCUUUAUUUUUAAAGAGAACAACUCUCUAUGGGGAAGUGGGACUUGAUUUGCCUUUAUUUUGAAGUGUCCAAAACACACACACACCUUUAUCACAAAGGAAGCUGGGAGGCGGGGGAAUGUAGAGUGAACUUGAACUGGAUCUGUAAACAUACCCGUGGUAAAUCCUCUUGAUCCUGGGAAGCCAGAACUGUACAGAGACUGGUUUUGUUGGUAGUGAUUGUAGUCCUUGCUCUGUGCAGGAAGUGUGUGGGUUUGUGUGGCUGCAGAGAUGAAUAAACCAACCUAUCAAAAUAAGAUUGUC